CCCUACCGAUGUCCUCCCCUUGCUCCUUGGCGUUGUCACCAACUAGGACCAAUCGAAUGUUCCACUGGUAAAAGCGUGACAUCGCCUUUACAAUAAUUAGUAAACCCGACCAUGGUCGGGAUUCGGUGCCAUAAACCUACACUCUCAUCCCUUCUUCCUGUCUCUUCUGUUUCUGUAGUGUUUGAUCCUAGUGAUGCGGUGAUCAAGAGAUCCCGCGAGAACUCAAGCGGUUAUUACCCAGCGCAGAACGCGAUACCAAGCCGAGUCAUAUAUAUUUGACUAGAGAAUCGUGAAUUAGACGCGCAAAGACAUACCGAAUUCGUUACAGCGCAGAUCAGUCUAGUUAAGGUCACAUCUUCCCCUCAAGAUUUAAAUACUCCAAGAAAUCUAAGAGAAGCCAAACACGAUAAACAGCAAUGGUGUCCAGCGCAGCAUCAACUGCCUCGGCAACGCACACAGAUGGGGAUGAUGAUGCGUCCGGAGAGGCGCGGCUGCAAUUGCAGCGCAAGAUAAGUCAGGCGGUAGACGAAGGACAUGAUGCAGAUAUCCCGUCGAGCCAGGGCUUUAUAGUGGAUGAGCAAGAAGAGCUUAAACGACAGCGAUCGAAAGCCGAGCGGAGGCGAAACUCAUUCGCCAGUAAGAAGAGUCGGACGGACCGCGACGUCGAGAAGGCGCAAGGGCCCGGCGAAGCGCCAUUAUCAAGCAGCAACGACGGCGAAGAUAGUGAUAGCGAUCCUAACAUUGUCUGGUGGGAUGGACCUGACGACCCAGAGAACCCUUAUAAUUGGCCGACGUGGAGGAAGGUUCUCAACUGCGGACUCAUCAGUGCCAUGACUUUCGUUUCCCCCUUAGCAUCAUCUAUCUUCGCUCCUGGUGUUCCUCAGGUGAUAGCCGAAUUUCAUUCGACAUCCUUAGAAAUCGCCUCGUUCAUGGUUUCGGUGUAUGUGUUGGGCUUCGCAGCGGGACCUAUGUUAUUUGCGCCGUUGUCUGAGAUAUAUGGUCGAGUUAUCCUUUUCCACAUCGGAAACCUAGGAUUCGUCGCUUUCCAAGUCGGAUGCGCGCUUUCUCCAACAUUAAACGCCCUCAUCGUCUUCCGAUUUUUUGCUGGUGUCUUCGGUUCCGUAGCGGUUACGAAUGGCGGCGGCACGAUUGCUGAUAUGGUCACGCAGGAGAAACGAGGGGCAGCAAUGGCUGUUUUUAGCAUAGGUCCGCUUUUAGGCCCUAUCAUCGGACCCGUUGCUGGUGGUUUCUUAUCUGAUGCUGAGGGUUGGAGAUGGUUGUUCUGGCUUCUGGCCAUUGUUGGUGGAGUUCUUUCAAUUCUCAUGAUCUUCUCUCUCAAGGAGAGUUACGCUCCCGCAAUCCUUCAGAAAAAGGUGGCCAAGUUGCGUAAGGAGACAGGAAACAAUUUACUUCGAUCGAAACUCGAUGCCGGUUUGUCGCCUAGGGACUUCUUUAAGCGGAGUAUCAUUCGCCCCUUCAAGAUGCUGUUCCUUUCGCCAGUCAUCGCCAUCACGUCGCUUUAUAUGGCCGUCACCUACGGCUAUCUCUAUUUAAUGUUCACAACCAUGACCGAUGUGUUCCAGGGAUACUACGGCUUCUCAACAAGCCUUGUUGGAUUGGCGUAUAUUGGUCUUGGGGUGGGAAGCAUAAUUGGUAUUAUACUUUUCAGCACUACAUCCGAUAAAUACAUCAAGAAGAAAGCUACGGAAGCCGACGCGAUAGCCCAAGCUACUGGCAUACCUACAGCUGGCAUGAAGCCGGAAUAUCGGUUGCCGCUACUCCCUUUAGGAGCCUUUCUAAUCCCCGCGGGUCUAUUUAUCUACGGGUGGACAGCCGAAUAUAGGGUCCAUUGGGUUGUUCCUAUCAUCGGAACAGCUGUUGUCGGUUGCGGAAACUUGCUCGUAUUUAUGGUUAUUCAACUAUACCUAGUCGACGCCUUCACUAUUUAUGCCGCCUCCGCCAUAGCAUGCAACACGAUUGUUCGAUCUUUGGCUGGUGCCGUACUUCCGCUGGCUGGACUGCCGAUGUACGCCAAACUGGGUAUCGGCUGGGGUAACAGCUUACUAGCAUUCAUCGCCAUCGCAUUGUUUCCUGUAUCACUGGGCAUAAUCAAAUAUGGGGAGCGUCUCAGGAAAAGAUUCGUUAUAAAAAAUCUCUAGUGGAGACAUUAACUCUACGGACUUCUUUUCAAACCCAUUACUUACAGGGAUAUUAGGUUGCAUUAGGGAGGGUUUAUACAUGAAGAAAAGGAUACCAUCUAUCAUCAAUGCGUAUACUGGGGCCAUAACGGCUACAGAAUAGAAAAUUUAGCGUCUAAUUAUUCUACGGAUUUUAUGUAUUAUAUAGUAUGUUUAAUUAGAAUCGCUGUCACUACCACACCAGGCUUUAGAUAUAAUAGCCAAACCAUCAUCAAAAAAAGAAUGGAAAUUUUUCAUUUACUUUUAGGCAA